AGACGACCUCGUGGAGAAGAUGAACGACUUCAAGUGCGAAUGCGAGGCUUUGUUGGAGCUUAUGGAUCCUAGGCAUGCCGACCACCAGAAGCAGGACUCGGAUUGGCUACUUCUAUCUGUCACAAAUCCAGCAACAGAGAAACUAGGUUAUGGCAGAUCCAAAUUCAACCAUUGCCUUAAAGACGUGCUCGGUGAUGCUCUCCAGCGCAAAGAAACUAUCUCCAGUGAGCCAGCAAAGCCUUGCUCGUCCGCUACUAAGCCCGCGCCUAAGAAAUCAAACAAGAAGAAGAAAAAGUCCGGGAAGAAAGGAGGAAGAAAGAAGCAGUGACUUAAUGUUGAUAUAUACAUAUUUUGUGUCUAUAGAUAGUUUGAUCGGAAUUAUACU